AUAUCUAUCGUAGCGCGUUAUUUACAUGGGAAUGAGGAAGUGAAAGCAUUAUGGCCAUAACUAUGAAGGCACCGAUCAACGCCGUGAAGGCGUCGCUGAAGGCGCAACCGCCCAAGAUUAAGAUUCUUCUCGCGGUGAUAGCUGCCGCCUUUCUCAUCUAUCUCCUCCACCUCCUCGUCGAAGAACAAGACAACCUCUUCGUCGCCGCCGAGGCCGUUCACGCCUUCGGCAUUUCUGUCCUCGUUUAUAAGCUCACCAGGGGCAAAAGUUGCGCUGGACUUUCACUGAUAUCACAAGAACUCACAGCUAUGUUUUUAGCUGUAAGACUUUACUGCAGUAUUGUCAUGGAAUAUGACAUCCACACGGUUCUUGACAUGGCUACAUUGACAGCAACAAUAUGGGUCAUUUAUAUGAUCCGCAUUAAAUUAAAUUCCAGUUUCAUGAAUGACAAAGAUAAUUUUUCACUAUAUUAUUUGGUUGCACCUUGUGUUGUGCUUGCUAUGUUUGUCCAUCCCUCUACAAAUCAUCACAUCGUCAACCGUGUUUGCUGGGCAUUUUGUGUGUAUUUGGAAGCUGUUUCAGUAUACCCUCAGCUACACGUCAUGCAGAACACAAAGGUUAUCGAACCAUUCACGGCAAAUUAUGUUUUUGCGCUAGGAAUUUCAAGGUUCCUAAGUUGUGCACAUUGGAUUCUCCAGAUAUUAGAUACUCAGGGAACCUUGUUAACCGCUCUGGGUUAUGGAUUGUGGCCAUCAAUGGUCAUCCUUUCUGAAAUCAUCCAAACGUUUAUUCUCGCAGAUUUCUGCUACUAUUAUGCUAAAUGCCUUCUUGGUGGAAAUCUCGUGAUGCGGCUUCCCUCAGGUGUAGUGUAACAUACUAAGAUUUUGUCAAGUAGGAAUUCUUUUGGUUCUUCAAUAACAUCCUGUUGGCAUCAAAAUGGGUCAAUUCUGGGAUGUUUUAGUGUAAAGUUUGAGCUUCGGUUUACUGGUUCCCUGAAGUUAGGAAUAUGCUAUUAACACGUAAAAACCUCUGUAUACUGCAACUCAUCAACGUAUUAGUAGUUGCAUAGUAAUCUUUUACUUUGUUGAAUCCCAUUCUCUUUGGCACAAAUUUGGUUUAGUUAAAA